AUGGCAAUUGUCUUCUUGCUCUUUCUGGUGUUGUGCUUCAUAAUCUUGACGAAUUUUUCUUUCAUUUGGCGAUCAAGAAAUUCAAUUCUUUCAUCAAACGAGAAUUUUGCAGAGAUGCCACGUGCAAAAUUGAGAACGAUUACCCGACGAGACCGGCAGUUACAUUGUGGAAGUCAAAUCAGCUGCGACCGCACUCAGUUGCGCUAUGAUCUCUGCUCAGUCAAUGGUUCAACUGUUUUGGACCCCACAACCUCUACUUUCUUCGUUGUAGGCCCCGCGAAUCUAAAUUCUGUUGAAAAAAUAAAACCCUAUCCUCGGAAAUUCGAAGAUUUCAUCAUGGCCCAAAUCAAAGAACUCACUAUUACCUUAAGCCCAACAAGCCCGCCAUGCCAAAUCCAACACAGCGCUCCAGCCCUGGUUUUCAGCGUCGGCGGCUACACCGGAAACUUCUUUCACGACUUCAAUGACGGAAUCAUCCCUCUCUUCAUCACCGUCAACACCAUCUUCCCCGACCAAGACUUCGUCAUCGUUGUCUCCGAAGCUCCUGACUGGUGGGUCACCAAGUACGGAGAUUUGCUAAACACAUUCACGAGACACCCGAUCGUAACGCUCAAAGAUACAAACACCCACUGCUUCCCGUCAGCAAUAUUUGGCCUAAUCUCGCAUGGCUUCAUGACGAUAAACCAAACCCUAAUGCCUAACCAUAGAACGUUCCUGCAUUUCAGGGCUCUACUAGAGAAAGCAUAUAACCAAAAAGGUUUGAAUUUGAACCCUCCAACUUCAAGCCCAGGGUGGGCACGCCCACGGCUGUUGCUUGCGAGCCGCAAGGGAAGCACAGGACGUGAGAUUGUGAAUGAAAAUGAAGUAAUCAAGGCGAUGGAAGAAACGGGUUUUGAAGUGAUUGUUUUUGAACCCAAGUAUAACACCUCCCUGGUUGAAUCUUAUGCGCUGGUGAAUUCAAGCCAUGCAUUGGUUGGGGUGCAUGGGGCGGCGCUUACGCACUCGUUGUUUCUCCGUGCAGGGGCGGUGUUUUUGCAGGUGGUUCCGAUUGGGGUCGAGUGGGCAUCGGAAGCUUUUUUUGGAAGGGUAGGAAGAGGGUUGGAGCUGGAGUAUAUGGAGUAUAGGAUUGGAGCGGAAGAGAGUAGCUUGGUGGAAAAAUAUGGGAGUGAGAGCUUGCUGGUGAAGGAUCCUCAUGGUGUUCAAGUUCAGGGAAAAGGGUGGCCUGGUGAGAUAAUGGAUAUAUACUUGAAGGAGCAAAAUGUAAAGCUUGAUUUAAGAAGGUUUAGGAAAUUUUUGAAGAUUGCUUAUAGCAAGGCCAGGCGGUUCAUGGAUAGGGAGGGUUGA